AUUUACUCUGACUGAGGGCGUAUCGAUAUAUCAUAUCGAUCCUAACCCGACUUUUUUUGGAAAGUUGAUUCAGCAGCUGAAAAAUAAUAAUAAAUCUUAAUUUUACUUUUACCCUUAAAACUUGCUAUCAAACUGCCUUGUAACACCAAAAUACCCUUAACAUAAUGCACGGCCGUCUGAAAGUCAAAACCACCGAAGAACAAAAAGCUGAAAAACAAAAAGAACAGCAAAAGAAAUUGCAAUUAUAUCGAGCAGGCAUGAAAAAAAUACUGUCGACUCGUGCCAGCGACUUGUACGAUCCAGAAUCUUUUGGUAUUUCCACUCAGUUGCUUUGCGUUAAUCCUGAUAUUUAUACUUUGUGGAAUUAUAGGAAAGAAGUUUUAUUGAUAGAGAAAGAAGAAAGUUCUAAAGAUGAAAUAGAAGGCGACAACAAACUAGCAGCUUUCCUAGACAAAGAGAUUUCUUUAACUGAACAGUGCCUUAUAGCAAAUCCAAAAUCGUAUGGCUCUUGGCACCACCGGUACUGGGUUCUAAUGCUUCAUCCCAACCCCAAUUGGGAUAAAGAAUUUGGUUUGUGUACAAAAUAUUUAACUUAUGAUGAUAGAAAUUUCCAUUGUUGGGAUUAUAGGCGUUUAUUAAUAAACAAAAUUGGAAUAACACUGCCAGCAGAAAUAAAAUUCUCCACUGACUGCCUUAAUAAUAAUUUUUCAAAUUACUCUUCGUGGCAUUAUAGAAGCACUUUGAGACAACUGGAUGAAAAUUGUAUAGAGGAUGAAUUGAAUUUGGUGCAGAGUGCGGUAUUUACCGAUCCAGCUGAUAGCAGCGCUUGGUUUUAUUUCAGAUGGGUUUUGAGUAAUCCUGCACUGAGCAAGGAGAAGCGCCAAGAAUUGUUGGAUAAUUUGGAACAGCUGCAAGAGUUGGAUCCUGAUUGCAAAUGGGUGGUUUUAGCCAAAUGCUGGCUAACAGGAAGUCUAGUUUUAAGUGACAGUGAAUUUGUGGAUAAGAGAGUCCAGUUUUAUAAGGAAUUGAUUGAACUGGAUCCUACAAGAAAAGGCCAAUAUGAGCAUUAUUUGAAAAUAGCUGAAGAAAAAUUAGCUAAUAACUAGUCACUAGGAAGUAAGAUUUAAAACACAUUCCUAUUCUUUAUACAUAUUUGAUUUAAUAUAUUAUGCAACAACAAUUUAAUGACUAAGUUUCCUUUUUUGUUCAGCAGCAAUUUUUUGUUCAAUUUUUUCAGGAUCUAUUGUCGUUGUUUCACGUAAGCUAAUGUACUUAUUGUUAUUUUCAGGCUUUCCCAAAGUUUCCAAAUAUUUUUCUCUCAGGUACAAAACAGUGUCAACAUGAGCUUUGUGUUUGAGUGCAAGAUCCAGAGCUCUAAAAAUAUGAAUCAAUAAUAAAUUGAAAAACAAUAAUCAUAAAUUUACCUUGUCCAAUUAUGCAUAUUUAUGUUUAUAUAAAUUGCUUGAAACACCAUUCCAUUGUGUAGCAAAAUUGACUCGGCUUCAUCAGUUUUGCCUCCUAGUAGUGCCAUAUGGGCUUUUUGCUCAGGUUUUGAUGGCAAACUCUAAAACAAAAAUCAUCAAUAAUUGCAUAAACCAAUUCUCUCAAACUUUACCUUUAUGUAUUGAAUAUAAUAAACUUUUUCAUAAUGAUUUAUAUUAGCAAAAGCCUCCUCGGCUAUGUCAACAGUUUCAGAAUUCGAUUGUGUAGCCAACACGGCCAAACAAGCCCAAACCAUUUCAAUAUUAACACUUCUGCACAAAUCCAAAGCCUCUGUCCAUUUAUUAUCGUGAAUUUUCCUGCAACAAAUUGCAAAUAAAAAUGUAAUUAUACUAUAAUCUGAUUACUUAUGAAUCAAUUGGGGAAACGGAGAUACAGGCACGUUAAUUAAAGACCCAUCAGCUCUACGAAUCGACACCGAACUACCCACGAAAUCACUAAUUCUAGGAUUCUUCCCUAAUUCAUUCGACUCAUAUUGCAUCGAGCACAAAUGUAGCAGCUUGGAAUUAAAAGCGGCAGUCGGACAAUACCAGACAAUCAGUUGCGCGUCUUGGAUCGCAGCUAGAAUAUUUAUCGUGGCGUUCCAUUUAAAUGAAUCAACUUUUCGACCGAGUUUCAUGAAAGUUUUAUUGGAACUUUUCACUGGGACAAUGAACAAGUCUCUUGAUUUGUCUAAUAAGGCCAACAGUCUAUUCAAAACAGGUCCGUGUUGGUCCAAGGAUAAUUGCAGGAUCGGUAAUGUGUGUUGGAUUGUGGUUUGGUCGUUUG